GUGGUUGAUCCAAAAUUCUCAUUCUCAAUAGCGCUGAUUUGAAGCCAUAUCCUCUUUUCUCUUCUCAUAUUCAACCCAACCCAACUAACUUUUCUCUCUCAAAACCCUUUCUUUUUCUGAGAUUUGAACUCAUACAAAGAAGCCAUGACUGGUUCUCAUCAAAAUUCAACACACUCUGCAUCACACACACAACAAGAUAAAGCUUCAACACCAUCACCAUGCGAUUACUGCAACAGCUCCAGAUCAGUUCUGUACUGCAGAGCAGAUUCAGCGAAGCUCUGUUUCAAAUGUGACCGCGAGGUUCAUUCAACAAAUCAGCUCUUCUCGAAGCACACACGCACUCUUCUCUGUGACUCUUGCUACGAUUCCCCUGCUUCCAUACUCUGUUCCACGGAAUCCUCUGUUCUCUGCCAUAAUUGUGACUGGGAAAGUCACAACCUUUCUCUUCCAACCGUACACGAGAGAGGUCCCCUUGAAGGAUUCACUGCUUGCCCUUCCGUUUCGGAGCUUUUAACCAUUCUGGGGUUUGAAGAUGUUGGGAAAAAGGCUCUGCUUUAUGGUGAUGGUGGUGGUGGUGGUGAUGGAGGAGGAGGGGAAAAGAAUUCUGCUGACGACUUUAUGGGGUGUGAGAUUGAAGGCUUUUCAGAUUUCUUCGUUUGGGAUGCUCCUUCUGUUGUUAGUCUCGAUGAUUUGAUUUCUUCUUCUGCUCCUUCUCAUAACUUUCAGGCUAUGGAGGUUCCUCCACUCCCCAAGAAUCGCAAGUCUUCUUGUGGGAGACAUAGAGAAGAGAUUCUUAGUCAGCUUCGUGAACUCGCAAAGUCUGAGCCUUUAGACUUAGACUCUGAACAACAACAAUACUUGCAAUCAGGGAACAUGUCCACAGAUCUUGAACAUGAUUUCAAGACUGAUAAAUUCCCUUCUUAUGAGUGGCAUAGAAGAAGCAGUGAACCUAUGAAUCAAGUUGUUCCUCUGAAUACAUUGUUGAAUGAAGAAGUUGCAGUUGAACAUCCAACUUCUGCAGUUUCGGAGAACAAUGAGGGGAAAACACCGAUAUCUUUCAAAUCCGAAACUGUAUCAGUUGUUCCAAAAGCUACUCCAUGUGAGUUAACAAGUCAAGAAAGAGAUUCUGCUUUGUUACGGUACAAGCAAAAGAAGAAAACCAGAAGAUAUGAGAAGCACAUAAGAUAUGAAUCACGAAAAGUUCGGGCACAAAGCAGGAUAAGAGUCAAGGGCCGAUUUGCCAAGAUGGAACACUGAUAUCAUGAUGUAGAUACAUACAGUGGAAAUACACGAAGGAAGAAGCAGAGGGAAAAGGAUACAUAAUUCAGCAGAGAAUGAAGAUAAGUGAGCAUUUUUUGCCAGCUUCAGCACUCUUGUUUGUUAGGUCUUGAAGCUGAAGGCUUGGAGAAUAAUGCUUACAUGUUACACAAUGUAAAGUUAUAGAAUGUUAGUUGUAUUAUGUUAUUAUUCCCUACCUAGCCAUAUUUGUAUGGUGUGACAGGAACACACACGAAUAUUAAUAUGCAUUCUAUGGCAUUUCAUAUUCAAUAUUA